UCCAGAAAGCAAAAAGGAAAUAAAAUUAUCUUUACACAAAACGUGCAAGGCUCAUACAAAUAUCUAAGACAAUGCUUGAUUGGAUACAUGGAAACUCUCGGUUACCACUCGCUUUAUCUGUUGUGGAGCUUUUGGUAGAUAUGGAUUGCCAAGGAUGUGAAAAGAAAGUUCGAAAAGCUAUUUCCAAACUCGAUGGAGUGGAUACGGUAGAGAUAGACGUGGAUCAACAAAAAGUGACGGUCACAGGGUACGUUGAUCGAGAAGAUGUUCUUAGAAUGGUGAAACGAACGGGACGAGCAGCAGAGUUCUGGCCGUUCCCUUACAAUGGAUAUUAUGGAGACUAUUAUACGUAUCCUUCUCAAUACUUGGAACAACCGAUUCAGAAGAUAAACCAUGCAGAGAAUACUAUUUCAUACAAUGGUAAAUACGAGGUCUAUGACGACUCUUCUAUCAACGGUUACAAUUAUCCUCGUCCGACACAAAAAGUUGAUGAAAAUGCUAUUCAUCUCUUUAGCGAUGAUAAUGUACAUGCUUGUGCUGUCAUGUGAUAUUUUUUUGUAUUAUUUGGAUUUUUUUCAUUCGUUUUUUUUUUGAAACUUAAUUUGUUCAUUCGUUUAUUCAUUUUGUAAUCACAUAUCAGAAAUUGUAUUCUGUUUGUCCCCUCUAAGUUUGUUUGAA